UCAUCUCAAAGCGACCUUAAGCUUACACGGAUGUUACAUUUCGAUUGUAAUCAACUCGGCUAAUUUAUUCGUCACUUUAUUCCGAGAAUAAUACAUUAGAUCGUUUAUUAAUAAGUAACCGAGCGCCUUAAUACAGUUCUUACAAUAGCACCUCACUGGUUUUUACGGGAUAUUUUUUAUUUCUUAUUGAUUGUUUUUUGUGGCGAUUUCAGCAAAUCACUCAUCAUUGUGUCAUCCGGCUCGAGAGAAAUCAGAGUGUUGUGUGAUUAGGUACAAGUGAUAAUAAUGAAGUGUCAAGUACCAGUAUUAAUUUUAGGCUUUUUAAGUAGUGUACUCGGUAUCUACGUAACAAAUUUGAACGAAAACUGUAUUCGGUGUCUGUGCCAUGUAGCAGGCUGUGACCUUUCUCACACGUGCUCUGACGGGUAUUGUGGACCCUUCUACAUAUCACGGGUGUACUGGGUGGAUGCAGGGAAACCCACGCUGCCAGACGAUAGCCCGGAUAGGAAAGAAGCCUACGAAGACUGCGCCAGAGACUACUACUGUUCUAUCAAAAUUAUAGAGAAUUAUAUGGCAAGAUUUGGAAAGGACUGCAAUGGCGAUGGUGUCACCAACUGCUACGACUAUAUGAUGAUAAACCACCAUGGUGGGAGAGCGUGCUCCUCGCCGCUUUUCCUCUCACAACUCGGUCUGCGUAGGCUGAAACUCUUUCAACAGUGCCGUUUUAACUAAAGACUGUGAUAGAUUUCCUAUGAAAUAACAAUUGAAGUACCUAUUUAUUUUAGGCAAUAAUAGACAGUCUAUCAACAAAUAAGGUUUUUCUGAAAACAGAUGAAACUACGAUUCAUGUCUCAAACCAAAACUUAAUUCUUCAUUAUGGUACAGUAAUGCUGCAACCCUCUCUGCCUACAUUCCUCUGAUUUCUGCUUCAUACAUAAUAUAUAUUUUCUGUUUAGGAAAUUUGAUGUUAUGUGUAGCUUCAGUUAUGUUAAUACAAACUCUACAUUUUGCGAAAAGUAUGUCAAAACCAAUACGUUUUUGACUCUCUUUUUAAUCAAACUCUCUACACUGAAUCUUAUCAUAGGUGAUAAAAUAUGUUAUAGUAAAUGUUAGG